UAUAAAUCCCCCAAGUACAGUAUCAAACAACGACAAUAGCGGAGCUUGAGGCUUGAGUACUGUACUGUCGCACCAUAAUGUCGUCCGAACGUUGCAGCGUUUGUGCAACUACGGACUUCAAGUAUCGCUGUCCCUCAUGCAGGGCCACAAGGUUUGAUAUUUCGUUUCUCGUUACGUUCCUUGCAUUAAUCGUUGUGUGACAGCUGCUCUCUGACAUGCUUCAAGGAGCAUAGAAGCCAAUGCGUCCAGGUGCAUCAAGAAGUCGAUCACCCACCCAGGGCAGGCACUGCCACAACUGCCGCAACACUGGCGACCCCAGACCUCUCAGCUGCAGAUAGGCUCCUUCAAGACCCAAGGUUACCAAAGCUCUUCGAAAGAUAUCCACUUCUGCGCCCAAAGCUCAAAUCCAUCUUCGAAGUUGCAGUGGAUGAAAGCAACGAUAUUGCUCCUGCAGAGCGCAACUCCAGGGCAUCCAAACCAGCAAGGUCCGCCCAGCAGCGUAUUGCUCGUUCUUUACGUCGCCUUGAACACGAAGUGGGCUCAGAACAUGCCGAGCGUAUUGGACUGAAAGCGUUCGCUGAUCUGGUGGCCGAGCUGAGCUCAAAAAGAUCAAACCAGAGGUGAUCAAACGCGGCUACUUAUUCUAGAGAUGCACAUCGUGCCACAGGGCUGAUUUGAGGCAAUGGAGGAAUCGGCGGAUCUUCCACCGUGCUUGACUGGACGGGCGAGACUCUCUUUGAUUUGAUCGACCACGUCCUUCUCGGAGUCGGCUUCCGUUCUGGGUCCUCGUCCAAGUACAUGUCGAUGAGCUUCUCUACAGGCGAUCUCCUCUGGAAUAUGCUGAGAAUGCUCCGCUGUCUACGCAAUUGAGGUCUGCUGGUGCUCUUCGGCUCGGCUGCCCCUGCCGCCUUUGCCAGGGUAUAGUCUAGGUUAGUGUAUUGCCAGGGAUGCUCGUCAUCAUUAUCAUCACCCUCAUCGGAGUCAGCAAAGCUCAAUAUGGGUGGCUUUCGCUUCUUGUAUCUCAGUACAAGAGUCUCGGCUCCUUCUUGAAGAGCAAAGCUCUCCAGCUCUCGACGGAGUUGAUCUUCAUGAGGGGAGCAGAUCGACAUGGGCGUUUGCGGAGGACUCAGAGUUGCAGCGGACCCAGCAUGUGAGAGGGUUGGCACAGGCGACAGUCCGCCUUGAAAUCUGGAAGAUGAGGCCGUCUGAUCCGACCCAGACCUCCCAGCCCUCUCACUCGAGAUUUCUGCUGUAGCUGAUGUUCGCCUUCUGGUCGUCUUCGAUGGGACGCCUUCGCGACUGAUGCGUACCUGUCCUGCUGAAGAGCUCUUACUGGAAGUUCUGGGCGGCAAAGUCGAGGUCAUCAUCCCUGCUGGAUUUGACAUAUCAUGGCCCGAAAGGAACGCCUGGUCGGGAUCACUGUUGCUCGACUCCUUGUCUGUGGCAGAUGUUCGUACUGUAUGGUCGGUAUGUUGUGCCAGAUGAUCAGAGCUUGAUCUUGGUGGACUCCCAUUUCUGGGCGGAGUUGGCAAUCGUCGUCUCGGGAGGAAAUGGUGAAGUAUGGAUGAUCUCUGCGAUGCAGGCUGUUCUGAGUGAUUGCUGCUGCUUGCUGAAUCCCGCUCGAGAAGCGUGUCGCUUGACCCGGUCAGCCCUCCCUCGACGAGGCUCGUCCUAUGUUCAAGCUGCCCAUAGAUUACUCCCUGAUUCUGCGAACGCCUGUGUCCACCGAGACCACCGUCGACCCUGGACAGUGGCUGAACUAAAACAGGAAGCCCGGCGAAAGUUGCAUUCUGCUGGGCUACCAGGCUUCUCCUGACCAAGGAGGAUACUCUGCGGGAACCCGAGCCUGGCGGGAUCAGGGGCAUAUUGUCAAACCAGGAGUCCACUUCGAUAUACGAACGUUGUGAAUCGUGGCCACUAGACCUUAUUGACGCGCUUCGGGCUCGUCUCAAGCGAGCUUCGACUUCUUCCAUUUCGGCCGUGUACUUGUCCAGUCGCUUGAAUAACGAGUCGAGGUCCAAGUCGACGUUUGGAUGGUAGGACGAGAUCGACGACCGAUUUGAGACGCUACUAUCUUCCGCCAUCAUGUUAGUGGUCCCCUUUCCCGGUUGGCUUUCGAGAUCGAUCUUGUCUCUCGGUCUGUCAGGGCUCGAGUAUGUCGAAGUCAUAACGGCUAAAUCCCGAGUAAACACAAUUUCAAUGACGAUGCUUGGGCGAGCUGAGCAGAUCACGGCUCGCCGAAUGACAGCUUGAGUGACAGCGGAAAGGACGCUUUCAGCAUAUUUAAACGUGGUUGACGCGUGACGAGAAGCUCGGACGUCAUAUUGCUAACGCGGUCUACAGACUCAAGAGUAUGUAAGGUAGAAAGAAUUGUAUUCUCAUCCUGCGAUGGGCGUUGUCACGCAUCCGGCCACACAAGUUUUCAGGAGACAACCGUAAGUAGCAAGACCCUGAAAUGGCGCGUGCGGCAUGGACACGCGAGGAAGCUGAAGAUACUCGUACCUAUGCAGAGGCAAGCCGGGUGGCUUGAGACUUUCGUGAUUGAGUUUUUGAUCUUGCGGGCCAGGAGAGAGACGAUGGUUCAGCUGUUGCCGCAGCCUCAGGUGUUGCGGACCUGUCUUAGCCUUCCGAUAGAGGCGGAAGAGUGGCUCAUAGAAGGAUUAUUUAUGGACAGGCAGGAGAGCUCUGGUGCACCAUAGUACAGUACAAGCUGGCUUUCCUUGAGAAUCUUGGUCCUUUAUCAGGUCGGAUCAUCCUCGUCGCUUGUUCUGCUUGGAGCUCAAAAGUGAUCCGGACCAGGGAUGUGGUAGCGACGGCCGGAGUCUCGGGAGAUACUGGACCACGAACAUGUCAACACGCGAAUGAAGCAUUGAAGAUUGGGACUUUUCGCUUCUAAAGGCCUGAGCCGGCGCCAAAGAAAUUGCAAAACAAGCGGGUGUUAGAUUUUGGGUUGGUGGAUUUGGCCCCUGACUCGGAUAGAUUGAAGGCCCAGGAUGGGAAGAUGGAGGGCUUGCGAUCUCAACAGGGGCACUUUAUCAAUUCUAGUCAUCUAGGAUGGAGAUUAUGAGAUUAUGAGAGUAUGAGAGCAGAACAGAAAUCAAAAACUUGUAUUCGCAUUA